AUGUCAACUGCUUUGCGCACUGUUGCGAGAGUUGGCAAAUUCCUUUGCUACCUCGUAUCGCGAGCGAACAAGAAAAGAAGCACGCCCAUACAAUUGGGAAAUAAAUUAAGCUUCUCAUUAGAUGUUGAGAUCAACGCAAAGGACCUUGCUAUGGCCGAAAUACUCGUCCAUGCAGAUGUCCACAAAAACAUUGAUGUAAAUGAACUUAGUGAUAUUACGAGACUAGUUCUCACCAAUAUCCACCACAAACACUUCCACUGUGGAAAAGACCAAACGUUAUCUCUUGUAAGGCAGAGAUACUGGUUACCCCGGGCAUCUGGCUCAUUUAAGACCUACUUGCGAGACUGCGCGGUCUGUAAAAGAUGGCAGGGACUGCCAUUCGGCUCCCCAAAUAUGCCACCUCUACCUACAGAUAGAGUGGUGAUUACAAAACCAUUCCGCAAUAUUGGUUGUGACUUUAUUGGUCCAUUUUUCACGAAAUCGGACGAAAACAUGUACAUUUGCUUGUACACCUGUUUAACAACUAGGGCAGUCCAUCUAGAAGUAGUGGAGAAUAUGUCAGCUGGAGCCUUCCUAAACAGCUUCAUUCGUUUUGUGUCAAGAAGAGGCGUCCCUCAUAUAGUUCGAUCAGAUUGUGGUGCUAAUUUUCGACUUGGCUCAAAAAUCAUAAUCAAACUUUCACAACCUGCUGACUCAACAGGAUGCUCAGUAAUGAGCUAUCAUAUUUGGAAUCGCUCAAAACAGACCCUUGCUACCGAAAUCGCGAAAAACAUCUAUGUUGACAACAUAUUGUUAGUCGCAGAUUCAGAAGAGGAGGUGCUGCAGAAAUACAGAGAUUCAAAGGAACUCUUUUCUAAAAUUGGAAUGAAUCUGCGAGAGUAUAUCUCGAACUCAGCACUCGUCAAUUCCAAAAUACCAGCAGAAGAUCGCUUAGGGAAAUUUUAUGUUCUAAUUUUGAUUGGAACGGGCCGAUUCUUCCACGAAACAUCCAAAAAAUGGGUGAGUAAGUGUAGGGAAAUCGAUAAUACCGUGAUUACCAUUCCGCGCGUCAUAAUGCCAGCCUUGGAUAGUGAAGGUGGAACCACCGCUCACCUCUGGGUAUUUGCAGACGCAAGCAAGAUAGCCAUAGCAGCAUGUGCAUACAUGCAAUCAGCGCAAAAUAACGCGGUAUCCCAGAUCAUUUGUGGGAAAUCUCGUCUAAGCCCGAAAAAGAACGAGCAAACAAUACCUUGUUUGGAACUUUCUCGGAAUCUUGAUCGCUCUCAGACUAGCGAGACAGUUAACAUAGUGACCGACAGCGAAGUUGCGCUGUGCUGGAUAAAAUCAUCUCGCAAGCUGCCGGUUUUUGUCUCCAACCAAUGUGUACGAAUUCACAAACUCAGAUCUCAAAUAGAAUCUGAGAAUGUGACCGUUCAAUUUUUCCACGUUCCCACCUCCUACAACCCAGCCGAUGCUGGCACGAGAGGGCUAUCUAAGGAACAAAUCAUCAGCAGCGCCUGGGUUAAAGGUCCGUGUUGGUUAGAAGCACUACCCAAAUCAGCUUUCUACGGCCUAUCAACGUUGUUCAAACAACGGAGCCAGUCGAAUCUGACCCAACACCGGUAA